AUGAGUCCAGCAAAGGAUGGCAACUACUUUAUGCGUUUUAAGACCAAAAUAGGAUUAGAUGAGUUAGAUAUGGGCAGCAAUGGAACGUUAUUUAAUGUGGAUUUCAAUUCUUGGUCACAUAUCAGGAAAAUUGUCUUUAGGAUUAUAUCGUCACCCAAUGCUUUAAGAUUUUCUGAAAAGUUAGCCAAUGAUAUUUUUCAGGAUUUGGAGAAGUUGUGGGAUAGUUUGAUUGAAAAAAAAGGUCAAAUUUGUCAUAAAAAGCAAAAAAAAUCGGUGACGAUUGAUUUUAUGCCUUGGACGAAAAUAAUUUUUGCAGAAUCUAUAAUGUUGAUGACAACCAGCCGAAAACCCAAUUUAUUAUCAUCAUACUACAACAGAAUCACAAAUAAAAAUCUUGAUGACAAUAUUAAAAGAGAUUCAAAUGAAGAAUUUUUGGAACGUUUUGUUAUCGCAUCUGAUUGUGUACAAUUCUAUCUGUUAGUUCCACCCUUAAUACGUAAUCUUCCAAUCGUAAACACUUAUACAAAAUAUUUGUACGAUAAUGUAAUGUGGACAAGAAAAUAUGGAUGCGAAUUGGCUAAAGAACGUAGAAAAGAAAUCGAAAAUAUCGAUAACAGUGAAAAAUUAUCACGUGACCUGUUAAAUAUGUUACUGACGGUUAACACACCAAAGGAUAUCACUCAAGGUAUAUCGAAUGAUGAUAAUGAGAAACCUAUGACUGAUCAAGAAGUUGGAGAUACUAUGAUUGAAAUAAUUAGUGAAGGAAUUGAUAGCCCUUCGAAUGCUUUAGGAUCUAUUCUUUAUUGUGUUGGAAAUAACCCGGAUGUCGAACAACGUAUUAUUGAGGAAAUUGAAACCGUACUUGGUAAUAAAUCUGAUUCAAACAUCACCCAUGAAGAUUUAAAUAAACUUGAGUAUAUCGAAGCUGUGAUAAAAGAAGUGCUGAGAGUCAGGCCAGCUACAGCAACGAUUUCACGUUUCUCGGCAAAUUCCGAUCAAAUUGACGAGUACACAAUUCCAGCAUCAACACAAUUAGCAAUCAAUCUUAUGGGACUGCAAAUGAAUCCAAAAUAUUGGGAAGAGCCUACGAAAUUUAAUCCCUCGAGGUUUUUGGCAAGUAGUAACAACAAUGAAAAAGAAAGCUACAAUAAAAACGCAUUCGUGCUUUUUGGUGGUGGAUUGCGUGUAUGCCCAGGUAGGCAUAUGGCAAUGAUCCAACUCAAAAUGUUGGUUGCUAUGUUAUAUAAUAAAUAUAAAUUCGAG